ACAUGUCAAGCCCAGCAGUCAGUCUGAACUUCACACUGAAUAAAGAAAAAGCAAUUCAAAAGCAAAACAGCUACCAAGCUAAAACCAAACCAAAGUUUUCAAGGAAAACAAAAACAAAUAAGCAAAAAUGGAAUACAAAGUUCGCAAGGAGUCCCAAACAUUGAUGGAGAAGGUCUUCAACAAACACGCGAGAAAAGGGAGCGUGAAGGCUGAGCAAAUUACUGACAUGAUGAUGCAGAUGCAGCCCGACUGGACCUUUGAUACGCAGGAGAUGGCCAACAUUAUUGGAGUCGUGGACAGAAAAGGGACCGGAAUCGAUUUGGAGGGAUUCAAUAAAAUCGCGCUUCACUUUUUACUCAAGCAAGCCAAGCAUGACCAGGACCAGUUUAUCCACAAGCAUGAAAUCGGAAGUGCUGAUUUUCCCAGUGAGACCACAGUCAUUUGAGCGCCUUCUGGGAGACACUUUUCUAAAUUUUAUCUAUUUUUGAGUACCAAUGACCACGUCAAUUUUGAGAUUGUGAGUAGUUUAGCAUUUGAUUAUGUACUCUAAGCAAACCAAUGAAAUUAUUAUUGUGAGAAAUUGAGCAUAAUUUUGAGCUCUACAUAUACACUUGUUAAAUUGAUAAAUAUUAUUGGCGAUACAAUUUUAAGAAAUGUAAAUUAUGAAACUAUUUUAUGACAAUAAAUUUUAAGAGAUAUAAAA